AUGAGCGGUAUUCGCCCAGAUCUGAUCCAAUGCGCUUGUGGGAAUAUCAACCGUCACUGUUCUAGUGAUAAUAUGGUUGAAAAUGGACGACAAAAUCGGGUUCGCUGCCAUUCCACCGCCAAUACUCGUCUACACAAGGCCCGGGUGGAGCGCAACAGACUUGAGGUGAGGAUAUCGUUUGGCAUAGGACUUGGUGAAGUAUAUAUUAGCGAGUUUCGACUGGGCGUAACAGGUCGUGGUGCUGAUUUCGGUAAGUGGUGUCUUGACAUGACUGAGAAGACCGCCCUUGGAGGCCAUCGAUACAUCCUCGUGGGGUUGCGUUUGGCCAACUGGAUUAUACAUUCUCUACUGAGGCCAUUGUUGCCUCCGGUCACUAGGAUGACCUUCCCAUCUAGGUCUGGGAUGUCUUUUCCAAACACUUCCACUGAAGUCAACGUUGUGCUCUUCGGCACACAGGAUGUUAAGAAGUAG